GCCAGGUGAGGUUCUGCCCAUGAUGUCCUUACCUUAAGUGUUAAUUGCGCAAGACAUUUACGUAUGUGGAACUGGCUGCCUCUGCAAGAAGAUCCUGGUGUUUGUGUUGGCUUUGACAGCUGGGCUGGAGGGAGCUCCCCAGCAAAUCCCAUUUCCUUCACCAUGGCUGUCAUUCAGCCUGGACGAUCUGGGCCGUAUAUGGAACUGCAAAUGGGGUCAAGGCCCGACUCGGAUUUUGAUUCAGAUUCAGACAACCCAGCCUUCAACAGCACCAAGCCUGGCUCGAGUUAUCCUGCCUGCUCCCAGGUGAUCCACAGUGGUCACUUCAUGGUGUCAUGUCCGCACAACGACUUGAUGCCCCGACGGCGCCAUCACCAGGCGGUGCCAGAAAUCCCAGAUCCUCCAAGCAUUGAUCCCACUCUCACCCGCCUGUUUGAGUGCAUGAGCCUGGCUUACAGUGGGAAGCUGGUAUCCCCCAAGUGGAAGAAUUUCAAAGGAUUACAGUUACUUUGUCGGGACAAGAUCCGCCUCAACAAUGCCAUUUGGAGGGCUUGGUACAUCCAAUAUGUGGAACGCAGGAAGACCUCUGUUUGUGGAUUUGUUACUCCUCUGGAUGGGUCUGAAGCAGAUGAGCAUCGAAAGCCAGAAGCAGUUGUGCUGGAGGGAAACUACUGGAAGCGAAGAAUUGAGGUGGUAAUGAAAGAGUAUCACAAAUGGCGGACCUACUAUAAGAAAAGACUCCACAGGUUUAGCCGGGAAGGGGAAGUUCCCAGCCCAAAACCG